AUGGAUAGUUCCAUGAACAAGCGUGGACACGAAUGCAGUCAAGAGGAUAAAGACAACUUGCCCGGAUCAAAGAGACAAAAAGUGCCUGCUUUGGCAAGUGUUAUUGUGGAAGCUGUCAAGGUAGAUAGUCUGCAAAGGCUUUGCUCAUCUUUGGAGCCACUGUUUCGCAGAAUUGUUAGCGAAGAGGUGGAACGAGCCAUAUCAAGGUUAGGAAAUGGGAAGUUAACGUCGAGGUCGCCGGAACCAAAGAAGAUCCAAGGCCGUGAUGGAAGAAACCUGCAACUUCACUUUAGGACGAGAAUGCCUCCUCACUUAUUCACAGGUGGGAAAGUCGAGGGAGAGCGAGGCUCAGCCAUUCAUGUGGUUCUUAUAGAUGCAAACACAGGAAAUGUAGUCCAAACAGGGGAAGAGUCGGUUACAAAGCUGAAUGUUGUUGUGUUAGAGGGUGACUUCAAUGAUGAAGACUGGACUAGAGAGCACUUUGAGAGCUUUGAAGUGAAAGAGCGACAAGGGAAACGCCCAAUCUUGACCGGUGACACGCAGCUGAUGCUUAAGGAAGGUGUGGGAACUUUAGGGGAACUUACUUUUACUGAUAACUCGAGUUGGAUUAGGAGCCGAAAGUUUCGGCUUGGUGUUAAGACCGCUCCAGGGUAUGGUGAUAGCUUUCACAUUCGUGAAGCCAAAACAGAACCGUUUGCCGUCAAAGAUCAUAGAGGAGAAUUAUACAAGAAACAUUACCCACCAGCCUUACAUGAUGAAGUAUGGAGACUAGAUAGAAUAGCGAAAGACGGGGUGUUACACAAGAAGCUAUUGAAAGCUGGCAUUGUCACAGUCGAAGACUUCCUUAGACUCCUUGUUAAGGAUCCACAGAAGCUGAGAAAUUUGCUUGGGAGUGGAAUGUCGAAUAGAAUGUGGGAGAACACAAUGGAGCACGCAAAGACAUGCGUUUUGGGUGGGAAGCUUUAUGUGUUUUACACAGACCAGACUCACGCUACAGGCGUUGUCUUCAAUCAUAUCUAUGAGUUCAGAGGCCUUAUUGCAAAUGGACAGUUCAUAUCUCUUGAGUCUCUUAACCAUGACCAAAAGAUCUCUGCAGACAUUUUGGUGAAGAUAGCUUAUGAAAACUGGCAUAAAGCUGUUGAAUACGACGGUAAGCUGUUGAAUUGCUUACCAGUCGCCGAGAAGGAAACAAAAAGCUUACCCGAACCAAAGAUUUCCACAGCACCAAGAGCUCAGAACCAUCAGCAGCUGCAAAACCAGAACAACAGACAAACUCAUCAGAAUGUUGUUACCUAUUCUCCGGUCCCUCAACCGAUAGAAUAUCCUCAGUUUGUGCAGCAACCUUGCAGCCAAUUAUUACCCUCAUUACCUAGCAAUGUGCAAGAUUACAAUGGAGAAGAUUGGUGCCGACCAAGAGCUGGACAAGGUCUUGAAGACAUUUUCAGUGAAGAAAUUAGACUAAGGAGUUCUGAGAUGCUUGAAACUGACGAUAUGCAGAGACUGUUGAAGACUUUUGGGAUUGGUAUGAGCCCUAUGGGAACACAUAGCGGGUUUGGUCAGAUGGAUGAGUCUUGUUACGGUUACAACAUCCCGUACCAAGCUCAGGUCGAUGACACGUACAGGAGAGAGCGUAACAGAGGCUCGGGAAAAGCUGUGGUGGGAUGGCUUAAGCUUAAAGCUGCUUUGAGAUGGGGUAUCUUCAUACGCAAGAAAGCUGCAGAGAGGAGGCCUCAGAUUGUGGAGAUCGAAUGA